CCUUAUGUCUAGCUCUUUUCCUUCCCGUUGACGUGGUGAUUCCAAUGAAGUCUCUAUUUAACACCAUCACCACCAUCUUCGGAGGAGGCAUAAUUCCUUUUCAAUUGCUUCUGCAAUAAGCCAAAUUCAACCCAAAACUCAAAAGAAAACCACGAUCUCUGAAAUGUCUUCAAUUACCCCUCAUGCAACAGAAAUCCACACCACUCGCCCCCUCCCAUAUAAAUACCCUUAAUGUCAAAACCACUUGGCAUUUUCAUCACAUCGAAGCCUCAUAUAUGCGAUAUUUCAUACACAACAAACGAUGAAAUACAGUGAGAUAUCCCAUUUCAGCCACCCACAACACAAGCUGAGAUUUGAGUAUUCAGAAUUCCCCUUCAAAUGUGAUGGGUGCAAGGAAGUAGGCAUAGGAUCGCGUUACAAAUGCUCCAUCUGUGACUUCGACCUUCACAUGCACUGUGCCAUGAUAACCUCCCCCACUUUGUUCCACCCUUUCUACACCAAAUGCACCUUCCAGUUCAUGGCCAAACCUCCAGGUGACACACCCCGUUACUGCAACGCAUGCGAGAAGGACGUGAGUGGGUUCGUGUACCACUGCAAAGCAUGCGGCUUCGACCUCCACCCUUGUUGCGCGAAGCUACCCAUGGUCCUUGAUGAUGGCGAAGUGAAGCUUUACCUGUACAGAAAAGUUAGCUCACCCUGUCACCGUUGUGGCAGAAAAGGGCGUAGCUGGAGUUACAGGUCGAAGUGCAAGAACUACAAUCUGCACGUGGCGUGUGUUAGAGAGAUGUUGGUGGAGAAUUGGUACGAGGUGUAUGUCGGACGCUGCAAAGGAAGGAAUGUGGAUGGCAACAUUCCUAGUCUGAGGAACACACUCUACACUCCUCAUAGCAGUAGGAGGAGUAAAGGGAAGUUGAAGAAGUGCUGUGAAAUUGCUGGUUUCGCUGUUCAGAUUGUCAUAUCGGCUGUGUUGGGAGAUCCAACGGCUCUCAUUGCCGGCAUUGUCGGCUCCUUCAUGUCAAGGGCUUGAUGGCCACCACAGGGAACAUGGAACAUAGUUUGUCACUUUAAUAACUUCUUUUAAGGUUGUAAACUUCACUUCACUACUUUAAAUUUGUUGUGGUUCUGAUGCUGGUCUUGAUCUGAAUUCUAUCUGUUUCUAACUAUCUUAUCAGUUCUCACAUUUCAACUCAUUUUGAGCGUGUGACAUAAAUUUUAUAUCAAGUUUAAA